AUGUGUUAGCAGGGAGAAGAAAUGCUUGAAUGACAUCUGACCAGCAGGAGGGGACAGCAUUAGGAAAGAGCUACACUAUCCUCAGGCGUAAGGAUGACUUGCCAUUAGCUGCUUGACGGGGGAAUCUUGUGACUUUUUUUAUGCACACAAGAAGAGGAAGAGAGAGGUGACUGACAAAGUCUGUGGAGCUUCUGCUGUUUUUGACUUAGCCUCUUGUGAAAAGAUGACAACUUUAAAUUGAUUCUGAAGAACAAACACGACGCACGGCCUGAAGGAGUCUGACUGGGACGGCACUGCCGCUGGUUUUGUGGAUUUACAUCCAGCAGAGGCUGCGGAGUCCGUGAGAGGACUGCUGUAGGGGAAAGCCGGGAUGAACGGAGGGUUGUCGUCCUUGCGUUCUGAGGCAGCAGGAGCCAUGAGGACAGUGCUGGUGUCUGCUGAGAGCUUACAGCUCAGUCUGAAGCCUGAGCUCAGUCAGGAGGAGCAGGCCCUCACGCAAACCAGCAGCAAACCCAAGGAGACGCACAAAGCCGGAAAUGAAGACCUGAAAGAGAUGCUGGAGAGCAACAAGGAGUCUUUAAAACUGGAGGCCAUGAAGAGGAUUGUUCAACUCAUUUCUAAGGGGAAAAAUGCAUCUGACUUGUUUCCUGCAGUGGUGAAGAAUGUUGCAAGCAAGAAUAUUGAGCUGAAGAAACUUGUGUAUGUGUAUCUAGUGAGAUACGCUGAGGAGCAGCAAGACCUGGCUUUGCUCUCAAUAAGCACCUUUCAACGGGCCCUGAAGGAUCCAAACCAGUUCAUCCGAGCGAGUGCCUUAAGGGUCUUGUCCAGUAUCCGUGUCCCAAUUAUCGUCCCCAUCAUGAUGCUGGCCAUCAAGGAGGCCGCCUCGGACCUUUCCCCCUAUGUCAGGAAGACCUCUGCGCAUGCCAUCCAAAAACUCUACAGCUUGGAUCCAGAACAGAAGGAGCAGCUGAUCGAAGUGAUUGAGAAACUGUUAAAAGAUAAAAGCACGCUGGUGGCCGGCAGUGUUGUGAUGGCCUUUGCGGAGGUGUGCCCGGAUCGCAUUGAUCUGAUCCACAAGAACUACAGGAAGCUGUGUAAUCUGUUGGUGGAUGUGGAGGAGUGGGGCCAGGUGGUCAUCAUCAACAUGCUAACACGCUACGCCAGGACGCAGUUCACCAGCCCCUGGAAGGAGGAUGCUGUUUUUGACGAGAACCACGAGAAAGCCUUUUAUGGCUCCGACUCCGAGGAGAAACCAGACCAGAAAGAAGCAAAGCCUUACAUCAUGGAUCCAGACCACAGGCUUCUGCUGAGGAACACCAAACCUCUCCUGCAGAGCAGGAACACUGCUGUUGUGAUGGGUGUUGCUCAGCUUUACUGGCAUCUAGCUCCUAAACAUGAAGUGAGCAUCGUCACCAAGUCACUCGUUCGACUGCUAAGAAGCCACAGAGAGGUGCAGUACGUGGUGCUCCAGAACAUCGCCACCAUGUCCAUUCAGAGGAAGGGGAUGUUUGAGCCAUACAUGAAGAGUUUCUAUGUCAGGUCCACAGAUGCCACACACAUAAAAACACUGAAGCUGGAAAUCCUGACUAAUCUCGCCAAUGAAGCCAACAUUUCCACCAUUCUAAGGGAAUUUCAGACCUAUGUGAAGAGCCAGGACAAGGCGUUUGCUGCCGCUACCAUCCAGGCCAUUGGCAGAUGUGCCACCAACAUCUCAGAGGUCACAGACACCUGCCUCAACGGUCUGGUGUUGCUGCUUUCCAACAGAGAUGAGACAGUCGUGGCUGAGAGUGUGGUGGUCAUCAAGAAGUUGCUGCAGACUCAGCCCACCCAGCACGGUGACAUCAUCAAGCACAUGGCCAAGCUCUUUGAUAACAUCACUGUUCCCAUGGCUCGAGCCAGCAUCCUGUGGUUGAUGGGGGAAUACUGCGAGAGGGUGCCGAAGAUCGCACCGGAUGUGCUCCGAAAGAUGGCAAAGACUUUCACUUCAGAAGAGGAUAUUGUAAAGCUGCAGACCGUCAACCUGGCAGCGAAGCUUUACCUGACAAACUCUAAGCAGACCAAGCUGUUGACCCAGUACAUUCUGAACCUCGGCAAAUAUGACCAGAACUACGACAUCAGAGACCGAACACGUUUCAUCAGGCAGCUGAUUGUGCCCAACGAGAAGAGCGGCGCCCUCAACAAGUACGCCCGGCGCAUAUUACUGGCCUCCAAGCCUGCUCCCGUCCUUGAAUCUGCUUUCAAAGAUAGAGACCGUUACCAACUGGGAACCCUCUCCCAUAGUCUUAACAUUAAAGCUUCUGGGUACCAGGAACUGUCAGACUGGCCGGCUGUUGCACCGGAUCCGACUGUGAGGAACGUGGAGGUGAUUGAGCCGGUACAAGAGAGGGCUGUAUCUCUUGGGAAGGUCAAGAAACCCAAACCUGAUAAGUUCUAUUCGGACGAGGAAGAGAAAGAGGAAGGAUCUGCCAGUGGAAGUGAAGACAGCAGCAAUAGCAGCAGCAGCAGCAGCGGCAGUAGUAGUGAAGAGUCGGGCAGUGAGAGUGAAGAGGAGAGCAGCGAAGGAUCUGAGAAAACCUCCACUGAUUCUGGAAAGAGCUCCAGUGGAUCUGAAGCGAGCUCCAGCGAGUCUGAAUCCAAACAGAAGAAGAAAAAGCUAACUAAGAAGGCGGCCCCGAGGAAAAGCAAGCAACCAGCUGCAGACAGUGACUCGGAUGAAAAUGGAAAUGGACCUGUGGGCAAAACUAGCAGCUCAUCUGCUGAAAGCUCCUCUGACUCGGAGUCUGAGUCUGAGGAGGACUCCGACUCUGACUCUCCGGCUCCACAGAAGAAGACUGUAGCAAAGAGUAAACCAAAGGUGGAGGCGAAAUCCAAGAAUGAAGUAUCUUUACUGGAUCUAGAUGACUUUUCUCCUGCACCCCCCAGUGCACCCAAGUCCUCGGUCUACUCCUCCAGCUUACUUUCCGACCUUGAAGGACUCUCCCUCUCCAAGGUCUCGUCCGCCAUGCAGGUCACCACUUCCUCAUUUGGCCCUGCUAAAACCUACGAGCUGCUCCACCAUAUGACAGGGAAAGGUUUGUCGGCCAGGUACCAUUUCCCUCGGCAACCGUGUUUGUACCAGGCCAGUAUGGUUUCAGUUCAGGUCAUCCUGACCAACAGCUCAGACCACAGCCUGGAAGAGAUCCAUAUAGGAGAUCGGAGCCCGGCAAGCCUGAAUAUCCACUGCUUCAACACCAUCGAGCGGUUGGAGCCAGGGGCCUCAGUGACUGUAUCCAUGGGUAUCGACUUCAGUGACUCAACGCAAGCAGCCAAUUUCCAGUUAUGCACCAAGGAGGACCAGUUCAGCGUAUCCAUUCAGCCUGCUGUAGGAGAGCUCUUAAUGCCCAGUACCAUGCAAGAACCAGACUUCUGCAAAGAACAAAAAAAACUCAUGGGCAUGAAUGAGACUUCAGCAACCAUCACCAUGGCAACUGCUAACACCUCCAACCAGAACAUCAGCAAGCAGGUCCUGUCUGUGGCCAACGUAGGAGUGGUUUCAUCCAGCCAAAACAACCUUCAGAGGUUUGCUGGCCGAACCGUCAGCAGCGGAGCGCUGGUCCUGGUCACACUGGAGCUGAAGGAGUCCUCCGCUGCACUCCUCACCAUCAACACAGAGAAGACCAUCAUGGCGUCCAUGUUGCUCAGAGAUCUCAAACAAGCCCUGUCACAGGCGUAAAGUCCUGAUCAAAGGGAAAAGAUUCCGAUUUAAAGAUUUCACAUAUUUUAUUCCCAUUUUUCCGGACGGGUCUGGUUCUGUUAACAAGUGCCUGACACACUCCUAAAAUCCGGGAGGCUUAGCUCAAGAAGAACUGAAAGCAACAAAACCCUGCUCAGUAUUUGCAGUUUAAUAUGCUGGUAUGUUUCGAAAGGAUCGUCCUGAAUUAUCAGAAUAAAUAUGUGGAAAUCUUGGCUGGAUUGCUCUCCCCCUCACUAAGAAAGCUUCACAGAUAAUGCUGUGCAAUUCAAGAUGUGACACUUAAACGACUUUUUUUACAAAGCUGCCAUUUUCAGCCAAAACAAAGAAUACUGACAGCACUCCUUUCAUUAAAACACUGACCCUUUAUCUGGACCGGAUGGAAUGAUAGAAGUGCCACAAAUAAAAAAUAAAAAGGAAUUAAUAAAUUGGAAAAUAAAUAUAAAAAUAAAUACUUUAA